AACGAAUCGUUUCUGGAUUCUGCCUCCACAGUCUGCUUGUCUCGGCGACCGUUUCUACGCACUACUCAGUAGUGGAGAGAGCGAGCGAAAUGAGCACCACCGGCAGUAGACAAGAAGGAGAAGAUUUAUGGGCAGAAGUGGCAAGAGCAGCAGAAGAUCUCUAUAAUCUUCGGGACACCUAUUUCCCAUCUAACCCACUUGACAAAAUCUCCAAACUGCAAGCACAAUCGGAUCUCUCUCUCAACCUCCUCGAUUCCAUUCCUCUUGAAGAAAGAAAAUCAUCCAUUCAACGAGCAAAAUACGAGUAUCUAAGAGGAAAGAUAUUGGAUGUAUUACCUGACUAUAAGAAAGAAGCAGAGGACCAUCUCUCAAAAGCUGUCAAGUUGAAUCCAUCUCUUGCUGAUGCUUGGCUGUGUUUGGGUAACUGCAUUUGGAAAAAGGGGGAUCUAUCUGCAGCAAGGAAUUGUUUCAAUCUUGCACUAAGCAAGGGUCCAAACAAGAAGAUACUUUCCUUGUUAUCCAUGCUUGAAAGAAGAAUGGCACAAGGUGCAGAAAAUCAGGCUACGCUUGUUGAGCAAAGCAUUCAACACGCCAAGGAUGCUAUCUCUUUAGAUGUGAAGGAUGGGUACUCUUGGUACAACCUAGGGAAUGCAUUCUUGACAAGUUUUUUUGUGACUGGAGCAUGGGAUCACAGCAAGCUUCUACAAGCUUUAAAAGCAUACCAGAAUGCUGAGAAAGAUGAGAAAAUGAAGUCCAAUCCAGACCUUUAUUUUAACUCAGCCACAGUCAACAAAUAUUUAGAGAAUUAUGAGAGGGCCCUUAGUGGAUUUGAAGCUGCUGCCUUAAAGGAUCCUAGUCUCAAUGCUAGUGAGGAGGUUCAAAAGAUUGCUAAUCUUCUGGAUAAGUUAGAGAAUUUGAUGCGGGGACAAGCUAGAGCUAAACGACUUGCAUCUAUGGCAUCAUCUUUGGUAGCCAUUAAUUCAAAUUCAUCUCAUAAAAGAGUCACUAUUGAUAUGUUGUUGGAUGGCCUCAACAAAGGCGUAGCAGUUGUAGGAAAAGUGCUUCUUUUUGUUAAGCAUGAUAAUGUCACUCCCCUAUACUAUUUGGUGUGUGAUUCAAAUCAAAUAUGCUUUGUUCUUUCUGUGUAUGGAAUAAGCAAAGAUGCGAUUAAAGAAGGAGAUCAGCUAACACUAUUGGAGCCUCAUUAUCAUUUUGUUGAUUUUUCUUGGAAGGAAAAGCAUUUCGAUUUCAAAUCAAUUCGUGUGGAUUUCAUAGAGCAAGUUCUUGUGAAUGGGAAGGCUCUGUUGCGGCAACAUGCAGUUCGAUCAUCAAUUUAUGCUCAACAUAAACCAUGAAGAGUGGUUCCAAGUAUAAAUUUGUGAGUUGUGCUUAAUUGGGAUUUUCUUGAUCUUUUCAUUGAUUCGUUUGAUGUGUUGUUGUAAAUAGAUUAGUGGAUAGAGAAGCAAAGAGAAAUGCAUGAGCAUAGAUUCUUGCUCAUGUUAAAUUCAAAUUGUCUGAUAAAGGAAAGAUUAGAACAUCUUAUUGAGAUGUUCAUGCGUUUUAUUGUUGUUGUGCUUACUGCAUGGUAAUUGAACAUUCGUGCUUGAUUGGCAGUUUGCUUAUUUGUUCCA